AUGGUCUUAUUUCACUGCUUCAGGCCGGAUUUUAUGUGGCCGGAUCGUGUCCAACCAGCCUUCAGUGAUCAACUUCCCCUUACUUCCAGUCCAACACACCCUCAAGAGGUUUUGACUAUGCAGGUUGCUAUAAAGACGGGUCUCCCAGUACCACGAGUUAUCUGCUAUGGAGAACAUCCAGAUACUCCCCAUGCACCAGUAUCAAUUCUUAUGACUCGCGUGCCUGGUCGUGGGUUGGGCCAAGCCUACGAAUCACUCACUGAUGAGGAUAGAAACUUAGUCUUACAGGAAAUCUACUCUCUAAUGGGUACGCCUAUAAGGAGUGUGCGCGUGCCCAAUCAUUCUCUGGGUCCGUUCGAGACUGAGAAAGAGUUGAAUGAGUAUCUUAUAGAACCUGCUUGGGCUGCAUACCACGAUGCUCUUGACCGCGCUAGAGUAAUGGAGAGAUUACCGCAUCGCAUUUUGUUUACGCACGGUGAUCUGCAACACCAUAACAUCCUAGAAUUCACUACAUCUGUAAAAGUUACUCGAGAAGACUUCUGGUGGUAUGGCUUCGUGGAAUUAGACUGUGAUCGCGCACUAUUCUCCCUAACCAGUGCCGUGUAUUACUGGUAA